AUGGCUGCAGAAGUGCUGCAGAAGCAAGCGGAGCCAGGAGGGCGCUGCGCCCACCGUCCGCCCCGCACGGGUGAGGUGGCGGCCCUGCCCACGCCCUGCGGGGGACGCUGCCCCAGCCUCGCACCCGCGCCUCUGGCCGUGGUCGCGGCCGCCCCCAGACGCGCCGGGUUCUCGGCGGAGACGACGGCCGCGCUCCCGCCGCCCGCCUGUGGGCGGCGGAGCAUCCUCGCCUCUCCGCUUCUUCCCUCCAGGCCCGAGCCCCGCAGCCGCGCGAGCCCCGAGCCGGUUCCGCCCCCGCCCCCGCCCCCGUGUCCCGGCUGCGGCUGAGGGGAGCCGUCCGCCCGGCGGCUGAAGGGCAAAGAGGCGUUCCGCGCGGGCGACUACGAUAUCGCAGCCGAGCUGUUCCGUUCCGGGCUGGCCGGGCUGGUGCAGCCCGACCGCGGCCUGUGCCUGCGGCUGGGGGACGGGCUGGCUCGCGCGGGCCGCCUCCACGAGGCCCUGGGCGCUUUCCGCGGCGCUGCGCGGCUCGCGGCGCCGCGGCCUGAGGAGCCGGGGUAGCUGGCGGGCGGCCUGGCGCGCCCCCUGGGCCAGCGUGAGGGGCGGCUGCAGCCUGCGAAGCCGGGCGAGGGCCACAAGCCGGUGACCCUGCCGUGCGGGCUCACGGUGCGCAGGCGCUGCGUGGACUUGGGGCCCGCGCGGCCGCUGGCGCGGCGAGUCAACGUGGUGCUGAGCGGCCUGCUGGAGAAGUUGCCGGCCAAGGGCCGGGUGCGCAGGCUGGCGGGCCAGGCGCGGAGUCUGCAGCGUCAGCAGCAGCCCGAGGCCGCGCUGCUCAGGUGCGGCCAAGCCCUGGACCUGACUCCUGGUGAUAAUUCGAUAUUACUACUACAAGCAGAAUUAUAUUUAACCAUGAAGAACUAUGAGCAGGUGCUACAUGACACCAAUGCAGUUUGUCAGAAUGAACCUCUCUUGGCUAAAGGACAUCAUGUGAAAGCGCAAGCUCUUUCUGGAUUGGGAAGAAGUACGGAAGUGUUGAAGGAAUUUCUCCAUUGCCUUGCUUUAAAUCCUGAAUGUAACUCAGUGAAGAAAGAAGCACAGAAGGUAAUGUGUGAGGUGUCUUUCCCUGCUUCAGAAAAUAUGCAUCCAAAUUUGACACCUUCCAUCCAAAGCAGAAUGUCUAACUCCCGAUUAAAGGCUCAGUGUCACACCCAUAUAAACAGCCAGCCUGCUCUGGAUGAAGGUGGCAGUGCCAGCAGUUCUAAGAAUCCAUCUGAGAAAUGUGAUGUGUUUAGAAAUGCCAGUUCUUCAGUUUUGUAUUUUAUACUGGGUUUACACUUGGAGGAAGACAAAGAAGUGUUAGAAAAUAUCCUUCCGAUGGCACCCAGCACCCGUGUGAAGAGACAGCUUCCAAGUGAUUUGGAAGAUGCUCCUGACUUGAACGCCCCUGGAAAAAUUCCCAAGAAAGAUUCCUCACCUCAAAGGAACAUGAACCCUAAUGCAGAAAGUGCAGAGUUCUCAAUAGAUGUACCUGACUUUGAGUGUGCCCUUUGCAUGAGGUUGCUCUUUGAGCCUGUCAUGAUACUGUGGACAUACAUUUGCCUAAAAUGCCUUGAGCGCUGCCUCGACCAUGCCCCACGUUGUCCCUGUGCAAGAAAUCUUUUGUUACAGCUGUUGGCAAGCAGAAAUUUUAAUAUAACUAUUCUGGCCAAAGAAUUAAUAUUUCGAUAUUUGUCAGAUGUACCAUCUGAUAGGAAGAGAGUUUACGAUGAAGAAAUGAUGGAAUUGUCAAACCUGACCAGAGACGUCCCCAUCUUUGUGUGUGCCAUGGCCUUCCCCACCAUCCCAUGUCCACUCCAUGUCUUUGAGCCCCGCUAUUGGCUUAUGAUAAGAAGAUGCAUGGAAACUGGCACCGAGCGGUUUGGCAUGUGUUUAUCUGCUGAGCAUGCAGGGAUUUCAGAGUGUGGCUGCAUGCUGGAGAUUAAGGACGUCAGAACGUUUCCUGAUGGAGGCUCAGUUGUGGACACAAUUGGAAUUAGUCAGUUCUGAGUUUUAAGCCACCGUCACAGGGAUGGCUAUAACACAGUGGACAUUCAAUAUCUUGAAGAUGAAAAGAUGGAAGGUCCAGAGUAUGAAGAACUGACCACUCUUCAUGACUCAGUUUAUCCGCAGUCUGUCUCCUGGUUCACAUCACUUCAGGAUCACAUGAAAGAACAGAUUUUAAGCCAUUUUGGGUUAAUGCCAGAUAGGGAACCUGAGCCUCCGGUAUAUUCUCCUUUUUUCUCUUCCAACACUAUAUUAUUGCUUGCUAAGACACAUUAUUCUAAAGGAAAAUUAGGCAGUUCUAUGCUACAUGGAGCCAGUAUAAUUGCUUAUGAUCCAUUCAUUUAUGAAUAGCCCAGAGAAGCACAGUAUAGUAGCAUGUGCCUUUUGGGACAAAACAGUAAAUGUUUUCUGAUUAAUACCACAUAAAGGCUAUUUAUUUUCUAUCAAAAGUCAGUUUAUUCUGUCAUCUUUUGUACUUUCAUUCCUCUCACCAUCAUUGUAAGAUUUAGGUGGUAAUGUUUACUGUAUUGGCCUGAGCUCUGCAUGCUUUGCACACACUAUGGCCUUGACCCAGCACACGGGUGUUAAUAGUGAUGAGAAAAGUCCCCUGGCUCUCCUUACUCCCUGCCCCCAGUCCAGCCCUGCUGGCUUUCUCUGGUGCUCCCCACGAGUGCUAUGAGGGAUUCGGUUCCUUAGGCAAUGACUGGGCUUCAGGUCUGUGAUGCUUUCCUAAGUGCAAAUGAUCCUCCUCCCCUGUGUCUGGGUGACCGAGCCCGGCAGGGGGGGAUCAGGCUUGUGACUGGGAGUGUGUAGUUCCUCCUCCUGCACGUGCCCACCUGCCUUAGAGAAAGGGACAGGACCAGCCCUCAGCAGAUUAGGGCAAGAAGAAAUGUCUUCUGUGCCUUUUCCAACCAUUUUUAUGCUUCUUUUUCUUGUCUCUUAGGGGCUUCUGUCUUGUACCCCCUGACUUUUCCAAACUCAGGAUGGUGCUUUGGGCCAAAAACUGCUCUUCCUCACCCUCCGCUCUCCUACAGCCCCUCCUCCUACUCCGCCCUGCCUCUCAGAUUCAGAAAGUAAGGUGAUUGACUCGAAUUAAGGCAUGAAUCAAUCUUUUAUUCUAGGGAUUUCUGCUUAUUACUCAAAUUAACCUCUAACUGGGAGAUAUAUUAAUUUUCUACUACUGCUGUAAGAUAGCACACAAAUGUAGUAGCUUAGAAUGAUAGAAGUUCUCAGAGUUCUGGAGGUGAGAUGUCCCCACCAGGCCUCACUCCGCUUUGACCAAGGUGAGGGCAGGACCUUAGUCCUUUCUGGAGGUUCCACAGGGGAGUCUGUUUUCUCGCCUUUUUUAGCUUCUAAAGGCUGCUGGCAUUCCCUGGCUCUUGCCCCUUCCUCAUCUCCCAAGCCAGAGCAUUGCAUCUCUCCUAAAGACCGUUCUCCUAGUCAUGUUUUCCUCUGACCACAGUGCAGGAAACUUCUCUGCUUGAAGGGCCUUGGUGAUGAGGUUGAGCCCAUUGGGAAAAUCCAGCAUAAUCUCCCCACCUCAGGGUCCUUAAUCACCUCAGCAAAGUCCCUUUGGCCAUGUGGGCACCAUGUUCACAGGCGUCAUUGGUUAGGGGAUAGACACCUUUGGGACACCACAUGUCUUCCUGCCACAGGAUUUUAGGUAGUAUAUGGGAGAUGUUUUCAUGCCAAGUCCCUUCUCCCUAAGCUUGAUAUUCAGCUUUUUCCCACUGUGUAAGAUGAGCAGGUAAAGGAGAGUUUUCUCCAACAUUUUUGCCUUCUUCCUUGGGAGAGAAGUUGGUACCUUGCUCACAGUGACUUGGGCUGCCCUGUGCCUUGGGUGGUACUGUUACCUCUGAUCUUUCAGCGAAACCUUCCUCACCCUAAGCUAAGGUGACUCCAGAGUCCGCUAUCUCCAGUUCCCAGCUGGGAUUCUGCCUACCUUCAGCAUGGGAGUGGAGGGGAAUCCAAGACACCGGCAGCAAGGAAGCCUGGAUAUCUUGGCUGCAGGACCAGGAAUAUGGACAGCUUUAUGAUCAGCUUUUGCCUAUAGCUCAAUCCACAGGUGCCUUUUUGGUUAAGUAUUUUGUGUUGGUUUCAGCCAAUGGCUAGUGAAGCUCUCAGCCAAAAAUGCCUGGGGGCCCUGGUGAGCUUCCCACAGACAUCUCCCCUAUCCAAAUCUCAGUUACCACUGGACCAAUCCUUGUGGUUCUUACUGUGAUUGCAGGACACCCUUCAGCAACAACCAUCGACAACUUUGAAGAAAACAGGUUUAUUAUAUACAAGACCUGGAAAUUCCACAGCACACCUGGGGCUGUACCCAAAGUCAUGGGUAGAGAGUGUGCAUGGGCUGGGGAUUCUGCUUUUAUUGAGGUCCAGAGUAGGAUUCUAGGGGUUCACUCUUUAUUUGUGAAUUUAAAACGAGAGUUGGAAUUUAAAGCACUGGAAGAGAAAAAAAACAAGUGGCUCUGAUGGACAGCUACCAAAGUUACCAAAAUCAACCAAGAUCGUCAAAACAAAGGAGCAGUCAGUCCGGGAGGUGACCUGGCUCUUUAUCUAGACCUGUGGCUGGCAGUGUGUUUAUUCAGCAUAACAGCUUUGAAAUGGAUGCCUUGGUAAUCAAAGCUUAAGUCAGGCAUUUGUAUCACAAAAGAGAAGAAAACCACAACUGUUAGGGCUUACAUGCCAUUAUGUGAAAUAAAGGCUGUCAGCACAGUAAUUCUUAUACAUGUAAUUUGUAGUAACCCCAUAUAUAUACAAUUAACACUGGCAUGUAGAUGUUCCAUAUAUAUAUAUAUAUAUAUACACACACACACACACCUUUGUCACAUUCACUUUAAUACAAGAUUUAUUUUAUUAUAACACUCAAACUAAGCAGGUGAAUCUACUUAAUAUUAUGCUUAUAUCAUGUAUUUAAAACGUAACAGCCUGGAACAUUGGAAAGGACAAGUAACAAUUACAGCUCCCUCUUCUGGCCAGGCUAUACUCUUCACUAGGGCUUAGAACAGAAGCAACUAAUUCAUAGAAUGUCCCUUGUGGAAGAUACUUCUCUUUGCAAGUUCUUCCUUUUGUGAGUUCUCCCAUACUUCCCUGUGUAACGUAAAAGUACACUUUGUAUUUUAAGGUCUGGAUAAAUUUGCAAGUAGACCUAAAAUAGGAGGUGGCAUUUAAUUCUUGCUCACAUGUCUGGUGGUGGAACAAAAGACAACACUGAGAGAACAGGCUUGUAUUUUAGGCUAAAUGUUGUAUUUUUCUUUCAUUUCUUUUGCAGAGUAAUGCUAGUGGUCCUGCUUGGUCCUGGUGGGUCCUGGCAGUGUUGCCACUGGAACGCAAGGCUCAGCUGGCCAUCCUUGGCAUGACCUCGCUUAGAGAGCGUCUCCUUGCCAUUUGGUGAAUAUUAGUCAUCAUCACACAUAAGAUGAAUAGUCGGCAAGAGCUGGGUGAUAGCAGGGCAAGAAAUAAUUGAUUUUCUUUCUCUGCCAAGGUUUCUGGGGGCCCUUGUACUUUUAUGAGGAGUGCCAGACUGGACAAUUAACGUCCCAUUCAUCACGCUUUGCAAAAUGCUUGUUGAUAGGGUUGCAAAAUGGAGCACUGAGCAAACACUGCUUCCUACUCCAAAGUUUAAAAGUCUGUGCCUGGUGGAAUCUGCCUCUAUACAAAGUUGGCCUGAAGUUUACGUGGAGCCCAUGGUCAGAAAACAACCUGAGAAAAAUCUCCUUGAAGCAGAUGCUUCUCGUGUGCAGUUUACUGACAACACGUAUGGUUGACACAUGGUUUAGGUUUUGUAAGAAGGAAGAAAUCCCUUCCCAGUAUGGGAACAGCAUGCUUCAGCAGCUAGACAGGAAGGGGGCAAUCAUGUUGUUAUCAGGAAGCAGAUUUCUCAGAGCACAGGCUACCUGAAACUGGGCUUAGGGUUUGUGUGUCACUGUGAAUUUUUCUGUGAAACUGAGGACUCAAACCGUUGUCCAGUUCAGAAGCCAAAUCAGUUCUUACCCAAGAAGUAGUAGCUACUGCAUAGAACUGUGUUUUGUAUCCUGUGGUAAUUUGGGUAUCUUAAGUUGCAUGUUGUAAUAAAAUGAAUAUAAAAAUACGAAAAGGUGUAACUUGAGUACAGAAAAAUCUGAGAAUAGUUUAGUUCAUUUGAGCGUAUAUAUACACAAAGAAUGAACAAAAGUGAACUAAAACAGCAUGAUCCUGUGUCUUUUAAUGCAAUGGACACUGAACAUUUAGGAAAUAGUCAUCUUUCUACUAGGAUUUGCAUUAAAAAUUAGGCCCACCAAGUAAAUUUGCAUUCACCAUCUAUCCAUUUAUAUCUGAAGACAUUAUAAAGCUGCUAUGAAAUGGAAAUCUACCUAUUGCAGGAAAAUAUAUGAGGAGAAAACAUGUAAGGAGAGAACAGUUUGUAUGGGAUGUAAGUACUCAGCAAGUUUUUCUACAACCCUAACCUAAAAAUUGUCUUUAGUGUUUUUAGGGGGUAAGGGAAAGAGGUGUUUCAAUGAUCAGAACAGGUGUUAUCUAUUAAAGAAGAAUAUGAAGAAUAUGUAUAACUUCCAGACUCUAAAGCAUGUUGGUUAUAUUUCCUGGAAUAACCAUUCGGACCUGUGCUGCUGAGCGGCUCUCAUUUGCUGACCCAGCUGAUGCCUUCGGUUGGCAUCUUGGUCUCUGAAGCGGAGCCUCUUCACUGAAGGAUGAUGAGAACCAGACUAGGGAGUGAACCGCAGCUGUAAGGUUUGCUGUAUUCACUCAAGGUGUGUGAUGUUUGAGUUUAAAAAACAUAUAUUUCAAAAUACCAAGUGGUGGCUUAUCAAUCCAUCAAGCAUUUUAUUAGACUUUAUAAUAGAAUUUCUUCUUAAUUGUAGGGGUUUUCCAUAGCUAAAACUCAGUUUCACCAUAGAGUGAGAAAAUACUGUUCUUAGUUAUAAGUUACAAAGAGAAAACUUGGUUGGAAAAAUAUUUUCCAGUCAGAUGUUGCCAGCGCUUCACUUAUGGUGAAUCUCAAAUCUCAUCUUGAACGUGGGUUAAAGACAGUUGGGCCAAAUGAUUUAUAAAUUAUUUUAUUAAUUCAAGCAUUAGCAAUAGCCUUUAACAUUCUUUGGCAUUACUAACCUGCUCAUCUGAAAGCGAGCAAAGCUGCAUUUAGUUUGCCAGAUCUUUAUUAGAAAAGGGUCAUGAAAGUGGGUUUGCACUGAUUAUUCCCUGUCUCUUUUAGAAAAUCUUCUCCUACCUUAAAGUCAAAUCAUUGCUGUUUGAAUUUGGGAGUGUCUAUCUAACCAUGUGAUCAUAGUUUCCCUAGGAGCCUUCCUGAAGUUUCUGUGCUGAGAGUAUUAGAGCUUUCUCCAUAACAACUGGAUGCUGCUCUCAACCUCCCUCAGCAAAUGUCGUAAGUGGUAUAGUUUAACUGGUAUAGUUGUUUAAGCAGAACCAUUAAGCUUUCUCUUUCUGGUUGUGCCUGCCUCUGUCUGAGUCGUCAUCUCUUUGGGAGUGCUCUUACAUAAAAACCUGUUAAACAGUAAUGGCACAGCCUAGAGCAACAAAAGCUUUGGUUGGUUUGUUUUUUGGCCCCAAAAGGAAAUGACCACCAUCAGGUCAUACCUUGUCCUGCAUCAUACCCCGCGUAGUGCAGAGUGGGAGUAGCUGGGUACUUCCUGGGCACUUAGUGACAUUGUUUGUCAGGAAGUUGAACCAAAGAAAGUAUACCCCAAGUCCUAUUAUGAGGAAGUGUCCUUUUAUAAGUUAAUGAAAGAAAGAAACCCAAACUCCAGUUUGCUACAAAUCCAGCUAAAGCAGAACAAUCCCCUCCCCCUCUGCCUGCCCCUCUUUUUAAGGAUUUCUCAGAAAGUACCACAAUCUCUUGGGCAAAGUAAGAGCAUUCCAGUUCCAUGUUUCUGAAAAUGUUCUGACACCGAUGCUCUCGUUAUGUUAGAAUAAAAACCAGUCUACUUAGGGGAGUAGCAGUGUGGGGGAGUGACUGCUCUGUAAGCACAGGACUUGACGUGCAGUGCACUCUGUUAGGUGUUUUUCCAUCCACUCCCUCGAGUGGCUUGACUCAGUUCCCUCCCUGCCUACAUCUUUGAAAUGCAGCUGACAUCCUGACCGGCAGUAUUCUGAAAGUCUGUGAGAUAUAUAGAGCAUCACAUCCCAUAUGUUGUCCCUGUCUUCAGAAUCGAAAGAAUAUCUUCUAAAGUGCCAUAUGGAAACAGUUUAAAAUUUUAAGGAUUAUCCAGGCAACCACAGUAAGUUUUAACUAAUUCAUGUGCCAAAUUUUGGAGUGCAGUCGCAUUUCAAAGCAGAAAUGUCCUUUCUUCUUUUAACUGUCGCCCUGCCCAGACGAAAACAAAAACUGUUUAAUAACUUGUAUCUAGACCCUUAACAUCAUCAGUGAACAAAGUUAUACCACGAACUCUGAUAUUAUCAUGUGUCAUAGGAUUAUUUGAAAAUUGGCAGUUGUUAACAAUAAAAAAUGUACCACCAUCUGACCUCAGCUGUAUUAUAUAGGCGUCAUUAGGAUUUUUAAGUUGCUUUCAGAAGUACUCCUCUGUUUCUUCUGCUUCCUUUCUUUUUUUGUGUUUUCUCCCACCACUUAAAUUACUUUGGUGAAUACCACUCUUUAUACUGUCAAUCAAAUAAGACAGAAAUGUCUGAAAGAUAGGAAGAAGAUAGUAGUGUGUUAGGGGGAAAAUAAAUGUAGGUGACUGCUUUAUUUUUUAUUUUGGUAUCAUUAAUCUACAAUUACAUGAAGGACAUUAUGUUUACUAGGCUCCCCCCUUCACCAAGUCCCCCCAACAUCCCCAUUCACAGUCACUGUCCAUCAAAAUAGUAAGAUGCUGUAAAAUCACUACUUGUCAGUAGGUGACUGCUUUUGUUUAAUGAGUUUUAUUUUUCCCUGGCAUGCCUGUGGAGUAGAGGUUCCCCUCCCCUUUUUAACAUGGAUAACGGUGGUAGACUGCAGAAAGAAGCUCUUCUCCUUUAGCACCAUCCUUACAAAAGGCCCUGUUAUGGCCCACUAAAACCAAAUUCCCAGGGAAGCCAGAACUGAAUGGGUAGUGUGGCUGUGCCAGCCACACACAAGGGGAAAAUGGAACCCUGAAUAUUGCCAAAUAUCACCUCCUCUCUACUAGGGCUAGAUACUUAAUUCUGAGCCAUUGGCUGCUGACUCCUAGGAGAAGGUGUUUUCACCUUUUCAGCUCCUUACCUUAACCUCACAUUAACUUUCACCUCUCAGCUGCUAAAGCAGUUACCCAAAUCUGCAGACUGUAGCAGUGGGUCUGCUUUAGAUGAAUUAGAGUAUUGCCAUAGCAUACACUCAUGAAGAAAUUGAAGUGCCACCAUUGUACUUGGCCAAGCUGGGGACAUGAUUAACUCUGAUUUGUACCUGGAUCUUAAUUUAAAAAGGUGACUGAGUGAUAACACAGAGAGGUCAGUGCCAUUGAAAGAAAAGUUUUUUGCUAUUCAUGGUUCUGCUAGAAAUGAGAGGCAUGCCACACAGGGCCACAGGGAGCAGCAGCGGAGCUGGGAGCAGAAGCAGGAGCGAGGGGAGAGCAUGGGGAAGAGCCUUCUGUGUUCCUGCGGGAAAGGCCGGGCAAGGCAGUGGGGGCAGCUUGGGUCUGGCUAGUGUGGGUAAGGUGGGUGGGCUCUGGACUGUAGGGGUGGUCUGCAGUUGUCUCGUGCUGACCCUGGGCGAUUAGGCAGAGGCAUACUGGUUCCUGGAGUGUCAGAGCCAGGCAGAGGGGGCGCCCAGAGUGUGGGCUCUGAGCUGGUUGUCCUGUGAAAGUCCUGCUGCCUGGGAGGCCCUUUGCGAUCUCUAAGAUAGGCUAGCAGGGCAGGGGAAGUCUCUCCCCAGUCAGGGAGACUUCCAAGAUAUCAAAAUGUCAUAAAAUAUUAAAAAGAAAUGCAUGGUAUUAGCUCAUUCUAGCACUUCUGGCCCCAGCCUCUGUAAGAGAUUGGUGCUCUCCACUUGAGUAGGGAUUUCUCUGCAGAGGGGUGGGCUGGGCUUGUGAGCACAGGCAGAUAUGUGUAGCUGAGGCACAGCUCUGCAGAGCAGGGGGCUCCCUCAGCAUAUGACUGCCCCCAGGGAGAAAGAUCAGAUGUGAUAAUAACGGGAUACACUGAGGAAGUUUGCCUACAUCAUGUGGCUCAGUUGGCAUAUGUGGCCCUUAACAAAAGCGGGUUUGCAGCAUUGAUUAGCUCUGACCUUUUACUUGCAGGGGUCAUUUUAAAUCAUUGUUUGGGGAUCUUUGCUAUUCACGCUCCUCUUUUAACUUGAAUGGUUUGGUGGAGUUUAGCACUAUUAACAGUGUGAUCAGUGACUGGUCUGACUCACAUUGGCCCCACCCACCCACUUUCCCACCCCCAUACUAACAGUUUUCCACCAAACUCUGAGAAAAAAUGAUAAUAGAUGGGUUGAAAGCUCUAUUUAUAUAUUGCUCUUUCAUGCUAAUAGAGGAUGGUGUUGUUAGCAUCUUAAUUUUAUAGUUGUGAGAUGAUUUUACCAGUUAAGGAUUUGAUACAUAUUUUUUUCUUAUUUAAUUAGAAGAGCAAGUUUGAACAAAUAAGUCAAUGUAGAUAAAAAUCAUGCCUGUCUAGAGAAAGAUAGGCAAUGUGUUUUCAUAUUCAUAUAAUGUAGAUUAUUCCUCUGGCCUUCCUUUUUUACUGAGGUUCAAGUCAGUAUUAAAGGUGUAAUAACAAUAUCCGGCAUUUCUCAGUUGUUCAGGUGAGGCGAGGCUUAAAUGUUGCAGUAUUUACUUCAUGUAUUCUUGUACUGUUCAUUUGCAUUCAUUGCAGUUGUGUAUAUGGAUCAUAUUUGGAGUAAAUAAAACUUACAGUGUUGUAAA